AUUUUACAAAUUAGAGAUUUUCAACUUAACUGUUAUUUGAGUCAUUUGGUUCAUCUGUUUAUGUGGCGGUUUAAAUUCUAAUGGAAAUGGCCUGAUUUUUCGUCUACCAGUUGCAGCACGGUAUUUAGAAAGGGGAGAGAGAGAGAGGUAGGGCAGCGGAGUUGGCAUGGUUUGAUUUUCUCUUAUUUACACAAAAAAGUAUCAAAUUACGAAUGGCUUACGAGCAUAGUGAUUUUAUGAUACAACAACUAUUUUAUUGUGUGGGUUGAUGGUUUUAGAAAGGUUUUGAGGGCAAAUGAAUAAUUUUCGAAAUCUAUUGUUUCAGGCACAACAGCUCACUUGAUCGAAAUAUGAAAAGUUUUCAUUUCAUCAUUAAGCGCUCAUCAACAUCUACAUAUAAUUGCAAAUUAGAAGUGCUUCCGUCAAUAGCACAAAUCAUGGUGGGACUGGUUUUGGGAAUAGAUAUUUUGCUGCUUGCCGGUGUCUUCGUCAUUGCGUCGGAUCCAACUGCCGUGGAAUCAGCUACCAAAUGCCUUAAUCCCAACCAGAAUGAGGGCCAUUGCAUUUCAAUCUACGACUGCAAAUCACUGAGCUUUGUUCUGAGAAAGCAGCUGACGGCCCAAUAUCGCUUUGUGCGUUUUUCCCAGUGUGACGGUGGCGCUGAUGCAACCGGGAAAUUCCCAUUCGUCUGCUGUACAAACGACACGGACUUUCGAGACUCCAACGCGGAUUGGCAGCAGCGUAUUAUCUUUCCUGACACAGGUCAAAAUGGGAGGCCUGACCCUGGACGUCAGAAUGUCGAUAUUAUAGAGCCGCCACGAUGUGGUGCACUGACGAUAUCGAAUAAGAUUUACGGUGGAGAAGAGGCUGAGAUUACAGAGUUCAGUUGGAUGGUUAAGCUGGAAUAUCGAACCGGUAAGUGGUGGCUAUGCUUGAUUUUAUAUAGAACGCGCCUAUCUUCCUGUAUUGAUAAAAAGUUUCGAGUUGUCCUUAUAGUUCGUCAAGAAUACAAUUCUGAGUAA